AUGCUAGCCGCUACGGGAGCGCGGCGCGAGGGUCAGUCGGAACGGUCUCCGACUCGCAAUAACAGCGAUAGUGGCGUAAAGCAACAGGUAAUUAAGCAGGCCGCGUGCAAACAAAGGGCAAUCAAUCAGCCGGUAUCUGGGCAUCUUCCUAGAAUACGUCGAUAUGAUGGCCGACACGUGAACGUUGCGUCGGCGAUCCUUCACCCCCGGCCCGUUAUCGCUCUGAUAGCACGCACACACGCGCGCGCCAUUGACGUCACAGAGUACGCACGCGGCGCACACCUAGCCCCCUUACUACCUGGCAAUAGGGGCCAAUUUGGCACCGCACCGCCGCCACCUAUC